AUGCUCCUGGCCGGGCCGUUGGGAGUACCACCGCCUCUGGAAAGGCCCCUCGGGGUGUCACCGACCCUGGGAGGGCCCUUAGGGAUUCCACCGCCCUGGAAGGACCCUAGGGAUGCCAACUCCCCUGGGAGGGCCCCCAGGGUGCCACUGCUCCUGGCAGGACCCCCUGGGUGUAUCACAAACCCUGGGAGGGUCCCUGGGGCUGCCACCGCCCCUCGGAAGGCUCCUGAGGGCGCCGGCGCCUUUCAGAAGACCCUGGGGGUGUCACCGCCCCUCAGAGGGCCCCUAGUAGAGCCACCGCCCAUGGCAAAGCCUCUGGAGGUGCCACUGCCACAGGAAAGGCCCCUGGGAGGACCCCUGGGGGUGCCACUGCCUCUGGGAUGGCGCCUGAUGGUGCCACCGCCCCUUAGAGGCCCCUGGGGGUGCUAA